UGGUGGGCGUGGCCCGAGGCAGCGCCGGGGCGGUGGGGCGAUGGAGAAUUUCACCGCGCUGUUCGGAGCUCAGGCUGACCCACCACCACCCCCAUCCGCGCUCGGCUUCGGACCCGGAAAGCCUCCACCCCCGCCUCCGCCUCCUCCGGGAGGAGGACCCGGCACGGCUCCGCCCCCCACCGCGGCCACGGCCCCUCCCGGCGCGGACAAGUCAGCGGCUGGUUGUGGCCCCUUUUACCUGAUGCGGGAAUUGCCAGGCAGCACAGAGCUGACAGGCAGCACCAAUCUGAUCACACACUACAACCUGGAACAUGCCUAUAAUAAAUUCUGUGGGAAGAAGGUGAAGGAGAAGCUAAGUAACUUCCUGCCUGACCUUCCAGGGAUGAUUGAUCUGCCUGGCUCCCAUGAUAACAGCAGCCUCCGCUCCCUCAUUGAGAAGCCCCCUAUUCUUGGUGGCUCUUUUAAUCCUAUCACAGGGACUAUGCUGGCUGGCUUCCGCCUCCACACUGGCCCGUUGCCGGAGCAGUGUCGUCUGAUGCAUAUUCAGCCUCCCAAGAAGAAGAAUAAGCACAAGCACAAACAGAGCCGAACCCAGGAUCCUGUACCCCCAGAAACACCAUCUGAUUCAGAUCACAAGAAGAAAAAAAAGAAAAAAGAAGAGGAUCCUGAACGAAAAAGAAAGAAGAAAGAGAAGAAGAAAAAGAAGAACCGACACAGUCCAGACCACCCAGGUAUGGGCAGCUCCCAGGCCAGCAGCAGCAGCAGCCUCCGCUAACAGGACCACUGGACUCUGCCAGGAUGGCUUUUCCUGCUGUACUGAACCUGACAAAAGCUGCCUCCCAGACUCCUGGACACUACCUUUGGAGCAUCACCUAUGGCUGGAGCAAAAGCCAGUUCCUGCUGUGCUCUGUUGAGGUUAACACAUUAGACAAGAAAAGGGCCAUGCUUUUUAAAACUCAACCCAGUUGGCUUUCUCAUGGACAUCUCUCCUUUUCCCAGGAAGCUUUCUUUCCUUCUCUUUCGUACAGUUUGUUUGAUUUAGGACUUGUGUUGGUUUGUUAGGGUUUUUCUAAAAAAGAAAAAUUGCAUUUAUCAAACUGGCUGAAGUAUGAUUCCCUAUUAAGAGAUUAGUGCCUUUCUGAGUCAAAGUUUAAGCCAAGGCAUUGCUAAGAUCUGCGGGCAUCUGGCUGUUGUCAUGACAUGAUCUCAUCAGCAGACAGGGAAACCAUCAAAAUGAGAUUGAAAGCAUGGCCUAAAGUGAUUACCUCCAGGAUGAGGCGGAGCUUUCAAAUACCUUUCCACAGCAGAUAUGGAAUACUCUACUCAUAAUCAGAAUGUUGAAGAUAGUCACCCAAGGACUAAGUACCUGGAUGAUCUUCAGGCUCUGUCUGAAGAGCUGAUCCGGUUAGGGCUUGACUGUGUGUCCUGGGGUUCUAGGUUGAUUUUGUGUUGAAACAGAAUAGCCAACUGGAAAAGUUGGCCAACAAACAUUGUUGAUUUUGGGUACUUUUGACAAAUGAACUUCUGGCAAGCAAAGGUAAAUGCUUAUCUUUAUAAGAACUUUAGACCUGCCUCGUCUCUAAGACAAUGAAAUUAUAUGGCUGAUAUAUGAAAACACUUCUAAACUUCUAGGACAGCAACAAAAAGGCAGCCUAAGGAAGCAAAACAAUAAUCCCUUUAAUUUCUGCAGCAUACUAUUUAACUGAAAACUCAAGUUAGAAAAUCUGAACUAAUGUAAUCUGAUUCUUUAAGUUACAAUUGACACAGAACAGUUAAAAUCUGUUGCUGUGGGCCAAUGUUCCUAGAUCAGUGGGUGGAAAACCACUUAUAAAGCUUCAGUUUUAAUCCAGUAUUUCAUAGCAAGAACUUAUACUUAAGUUAUGGACAGUGAAAAAAAUAAAACAUCAUCCCAGUUUCCUGAGAUUUGAUUAUAGUGUUUGAGGAUACCCAUUUAAAAUUAGGGCACAGUCUUUACUUCCUACAAAUAGAAGACACAAUGUAAAUCACCCAUGCUUUUUUAUACCUUGACCACCCAUUGUCUCACCUUUGGCUACAUCCAAAAUAAGCUUUCCAGAGACAAAAUUCUGUAUUAAGGAACAACUAGCACAAAUCAAGAAUUCUCUUAAGUCUGAAAUUACAAGCUUCGGUGGUUGCAAAAGGUUCUUCAGGAGUUCCUGAAUUAAAUCAUCCAAGUAAAAGCAGGACAUGUUCUAAGCAGUUACUUUCACUCUAGACUUGCCUAAAGACAGGCCUGGACCAGAGAAACUUCUGAGGUUUUCUUUGUACAUUUUCCCACCACAGAUCAUUCACCCUGCCUAAACCAGACAAAAUAACACAAGUCAGGGGGAGGUUAGAUCAGGAUUUCUUUUUAUUCCUUGUUGGUUUAAAAUGGCUAAUUAGAAUAAAAAAUAAAAGGGCCUCCAUGUAGAGGCAGGGGUCUCCCCUAUUUAAAGGUUAGAACUCAGGUAUCCCCUCUACCAGCACCAUACUGAGGUGGGCUGAAGGGUAACCCCCAAGGGACAAUUGGAGGGGCCUAGGCCUGCCGCUCCUUCUCUCUAUCCCGUUUUUGGCAUGUGAUGAAAAUAUUGCUUUUUGUAUUCGUCUCUCCCGGCCUUGGAUUUAAAAAUAAUGGUAACCAUGUGAGCUAGGGGGAGGCUUUGAGGUGCUAGUUGAAGCAGCCCACCCUAAUCCCUCUCAUCCGAGAAGGGCGAAUUAUCCAGUGUUGUUUCUUGAGCUAGGCCAACCUCUUUUUCCUGAUCUCCCCCCCCCCCACCACCACCACCACCACCGUCAUGGGCUGUAACCCCCUUCCUGGGGAAACUUAAGUGCCAAUGAGCCUAGAAAACUAACUCUCCUUUCCAAGUCCUUCCCUCCUCUGACCAAGUCCCCAGGCUCACCUCUCCGGGUUUCUUUCCUGAUCACUUAGCACCAACAAUGGGGGGGUGCUAUUUCCUUAGUUGGUAACUGGGACAGAAGAGAGGGAACCCUGGGGAAAAGACUCUCAUGUCUCCCCCUUUCCUGCUGGUCUGAGGAAUGGGAAGAGGAUUCCCCUCCUUAAGCAUAUUCCUCCCUCAUUUCCCCAUCCCAGGAUAGAUAUAUAAUUUCUUUGAUAUUUAUAAUAUAUAUAUAUGUACACACACACCUGGUAACGCAGAAGAGGAAAAAAAUAGAAUCCGUAACAAUAAUAAAAAAAAUUAUUUCUGGUUUAAAAAUGAUCUGGUUCCCUCCAGGGCGAGCAAUUGCACAAAUGUCCACUGAGUCUGGUCCAGGGGUUAAGGAAGGGAAGGUCUUAAAAGAUGGAAGGGGGUUGUAACCCCAGUCUCAGGGCCCCAACUCUCCAACUCCCCAACCCCAUCGCAUUUUGUAAAAGCUCCUCAUCUUCUUGGAAUCGGUGGUUUAAAAAAUGUCUAUGCCGGGGAGGGGCGCUCCUCAAGGGAAGGUGGCCACCUGGGGCCCUUUGGUGUAGGUGCAGAGGCGUAGGGUAGGGGUGCGCCGAAGCCUCACACCGAAAUCUCAUAGGUGGUACCACCCACCCCUGACACCUUCUUGACUCCUCCUCUUGUGGGGCUACUGAGAAGUGGCUGGCCCGGGCCAGAGGAGGCUGAGCCUAUACUCUUGGGCUGCCCAUUGGAUUUGCUGUAGGCAGUCUUGAGCUGUACUUCAUCUCUGGGGAGAAAAGAAGAGAUAGGAAGUAGGACACAAAACAUAGAAAAGGGAAUGACAAUUAAAAAGCUAACAAAAGAAAAUGUACUUUUCUACAUAUAUACUUUCUUACCCUAACAUUCUCUUUAAUUUUAUGUCCUCCUUAAAACAAGCCUGGUUCCCUAUCGCCCCAUUUACUACUACUGUCUAACAACAACUAUCUCAGAUACUUGUUUACUCUCAGGAAAAUAAGAUACUUCUUAGGAAGACAGGAUUAAGGGACAAGUGAUUAAUCUUGGGUCUCUUCAAAGGAGUGGCCCAUGAGGGCAGCUGAUGUGAGAUGGAAAAUAAAGAACCUUCUAAAAGCAGGAUUCCCCUCCACCCACAUGUGCCAGAAUGUACAACUGAAGCCUGACACCCUCUACAGGGCAGCAUGCUAAUUUUAAGCCAGCUAAGGACCAGGAUGGUACUAAUACUCACUUGGGUGUCAGUAAUGGCUGCAAGGCCACUUCCUCCGUCUCAGAGACAGCAGGUGGGGCUUUUUGGCUGCUGUAAGACAUAGAUCGGCCCAAGUAUGGGGCAGGUGGGCCUGGUUCAGGGGACCCUAGUCCCCGGCCCCUCAGCCCAUCUGGCUUGCCAAAACGGGGAGCAGCUGGGCGUCCCAGUGGAGUCUUGCCCAAGGGUGAUCGCUUUGAAUCAUCCGAGGAGGAGCUAGUACGAGGGGCAUGCCCUGAGCCCGGUGUUGACUGUAUGCCCGAGUCCCCCAAGCCUGGUUCUUCCUCGUGGCCUGGGAGUGGAGGUGACUGGCGCAGCAGCUUCUCUCGUUCCUGGAGGGAGGCCACAAUGUGGCGCGACAGAUUGUCGUACCGUACUGGUGAGGGCUCUCGGUGUGAUGGACCAGUUGGCACCAAACGUGGGUGCCUCUCGGCUUCCCGUUGCUGAGCCAGCCGGGCUGACAGGAAGGGAGAGGUGUAGCCUAAAGGAGGGUCGGGCUCAGGCCCUGUCUGCACUGAUUCAAAAUCAGGGCUGUCUGAAGGAGUGAGCAGGCUGUCAUAAGAUAGGCUUCCAUUGCGGGUCUGGUUGGCCAGGCUCUUGUAGGAGGUGGAGGUUGUACCCUCUGAACGAAUGGACUGCAACUGGCCCAUCUCAAAACCUGUGCCCUGGGCGGACUUGAGGCUAGACGAGCGUGAGCCACUAGAUAGUGGAUCGAAGUGAAAGCUUUUGCCAAAGGUGGGAGAACGGAAGCUCUCUGGCUCCAAGCUGGGCUCUGAGCGGUAGCUGGGAUGGCGGCUACUUUCUGCAAUUGAAGUUGGCUCCUUCAAGCUGUCCCCACGACUCAACUGAGAAAGAAAACAAAGCAGGCUUUAGUGCUCCUCUUGUGACAGAUGCUAGACCCCAGCCCAAGGAGUCGGUCAAAAAUAGUAUUUAUUUUGUGCCAGUAAUAUGCAUUAAAAGGUUCAAAGAACUUAACGUGCAUUAUCUUGUUUAACCCAUAAAGAAAAUCUAAGAAUUGGAACAAAUAUCUCAUUUUUAGAUACAGAAAAUGAGGCUUAGAGAUGUUAAGGAACUUGCCCAUGGCCACAGAACUGGGUUGUGAACUCAGGUCAGACAAUGUACUAAGUACUUUCAUCUAUUAUGCUACAUUUCCCCUCCUUUGAUGAAGGACACAGUAUCUAAGGGAUUCAAUUCCACUAAUGCCAAUAAUUAUUAAAAUGGCCUUGGUUUCCUUCUCUUCCCUCCUGCCUUUUCCUUCCUGCAAAUACCCUUUUCCCUGGAGCAGCUGGCAUAUGGUACAACCCCUCUCCUUAGAGAAUAUUUGGUACCUUGGCGCUGGAAGAAUGAGGCAUGGCGGCUGAUGUACUGCUGCUACUGUAGCCUGGCCGAUACUUGUACAUG